ACUAUUAGCACUCCCGUUUCCUACAUGACCUGAAUGCAGCUCUGCGGUAACGAUGGCUCCUGUCUAUCAGAUCUGGAGACCUGACCGAGGACGGUGCCUUAAAAGCUACGGAAUUAUUGUCGUAUUGUUUAUGGACCUGAUCUUACAAUGUGUUAACGGCUCCCUGAGCACUACUAAUGUUGAGACCCACUACCCAAGAGAUGGACCCAUCAUCACCAGCCCGGUGGUACCUGCUGCAGCCUCAGUGUUUCCUGCAGAUGAAGAUAUAGCCAAGUGUCCGAGUCGGGGUUUGUGUCACCGGCUGCCAGCAGACUGCAUUCAGUGUGAUUACCAUCACAACUGCACCUACGGCAAACCAGCUUUAUUCACCUGUAGGCCCAAAAACGGCGUUCAUUGUAUAGGAGAGUCUGGACAGCAGCAAACCAAUUUUUCUCUCAACAUCACCUGUCAGUUCUGUUGGCAGCUGGACCCAUCCCAGUACCGCUGCACAAACUCCACCAACUGUAUGACAGUCUCUUGCCCACGCAAGCGCUACAACGCCACCUGUGAUGUGUUAGACCACGUGCAUUGCUUAGGUAAAAGACGUUUUCCAAAACGUUUAUUUUGUAACUGGACUGGUGGAUACAAGUGGUCAACAGCAUUAGCACUCAGCAUCACACUUGGUGGUUUUGGGGCAGAUCGGUUUUACCUUGGGCAGUGGAGAGAAGGUCUGGGAAAACUGUUCAGCUUCGGAGGUUUGGGCAUUUGGACUUUGAUAGAUGUCCUUCUAAUAGGGGUUGGUUAUGUAGGACCCGCUGAUGGUUCUCUCUAUAUCUGAAGCAAAGCCCUGGAGACAUGGCUGGUUUGUGCCCUCUUGCUCUUCACACUGCUUCACUCUCAAAAGACUGAAGAUCUGAGAUACUGUGUUCUUAGCACGUUUGCCUGGCUAAGCUUGCUGUGCAACACGUCUUCAUCCCAUCUGCUAACAGGCAGGAAGUGUUUUCCUCAUCACACCAACGAUGAUUCUACCCACACAACCAUCAGAUCAAUCCUAAUCAUUCUGCGUCCGUCUCCUGUUGAGAUCGUGCAGAUGGUGCUGCGCAGGGGUAUGAGGAGCCUGUAAUUACCUCUGUCCAGUUGGUUUGACUUAACUUGUGGUUAGACUCUGUCUUGCUGAUAGGUACCUUUGGUUUCCUGUGGAGCAGUGCUUUCAUGUUGGAGUUGUGUAUUGCUUCUCCCUUGUUGCAAGUUAAAUGCUUCAGGUAGGGGGUCAAAUGGUAGCCAUGGCUACGGAGUAUUUUAUGGCAUCACCACACACAAAGGACAAAUUUAAAGGUGAUAUUUAUAUCCUGAAAGUAUGGAUGUGCAGAAGGGAAUUGCUAAGGUGUUUUUAUUGAUUACAGAUUGUCAUUUCAAUGGCUAACCUGAACAGUUUUUUUUUGCAUGUACUUUAUUUCUUCCCCUACAAUUUAUUCAGCAGUGCAGGUCACAACUGUAAGGACAUUUGUCACAUGGGGGUACAUUUUAUUGUUAAAAGUUCAUAGGUUGACUAAAUAAAACUACUGUAGUCUCAAAGCAGCAGUGGGUAGUAAAACCAAAAGGAAGAAGUGUAAUUGUCUCUUCCUGCUGCGUGUAGUUGGAUUUUUAGUGACGGAUGCAGAUAACAAUCUAACGAUGUACGAUUGUGUUCAUGACAAAUAUUGAAACACUUGAAAUGUGUUGCACUAGCAAACUCAGCUACUUGUGAUUUCCCGUGUUGGGGAUUUUGGAGAUAUCCUCUGCAUUUAAGUGGCAGUGUUCUGUAAAAUGUGUCCUUUACAUAAAAGUCUGUGUACUAACACUGUAAAGUCUUUACUUGAGACCACCCACCUUAUGUAAAUGUUUCAUGUGUUAAUUUUUUUUUCCUCUGCAAGGAUGCUGUAAAUGUUUUUUUUGUGAAGUAAAUAAAAUGGUGAAAUGUU